AAAGAAUAAAUGGAAUUUUUAAGACAGAUACGUUUAUCAUAAAGAUGGCAUGACUUUUCCCAUGACGGCGCUUCAAAAAACUCUAGCACAAUUUUGAGGAGUUUGGAUAUAACCUGUUAGCUUUCUUCGUGUGCCCGUGUCUUCACCACUUGAUGAUAACUGAUUGAUUAUUGAACGCGGUCUGUGUCCAGCACCGGGCUACACCAAUCAAAAGAACGCGGUAACAGCUAGCACACACACAGACAAAAGGUAAGUUGUUCACGAUUGUAUCACACUCGGUGAUUUGUCUCUGUCUUAGUUUGUUGAGUUGUAUUCUAAUGACGUCUGUGAAAUUAAUUGAUUGGUGGUCACAGUCACGUUCUUCUGUGGCAGAAGAAAAAUGGGGUUCUUUGGUUUUUAAAUUUAUACUCUCUUAUUUAAACGUUUUGUUGUUAUACUGAUGAAGGAGGCAUGCGACGAAACGUUUACUUGUGUAUUAACUCAAAUUAUUAUUAAAGCUAAACAUAUGGUGUUAAAUUGACAACAAAUUGUUCGUGUCUAAUUAAUCCGGUAAACCUAUACGCGUCUCAUGGCACUGACGUUGUUUGAUGUUUCCCUAUAAAUAGAUCGUCAGCGUCGGCUUUAAACUUGAAUUAAACGUUUCGGCAGUGUCAGCAUAUGUGUAGGAUAUUUUUAAAAUGCGGGUUUCAUUUGAAUGAGUUCCAAACUUUGAAAUACAAACCGUUGAUCAAAUUGUUCUAAAGAAUCAUUGCCAUAAAAGUGUCACCCUCCCCCCCCCCCCCCUACAGCAGGAGAAACAGGCCCUGGCGUUCAAUAAGGAAGUGACAUGAAUUCUCUAUAUUGACAGCCUGUCUGAUAAUCGAUUAGCAAUAUUGAAUAUUGUCGUUGAAUUGAAUUUGAAGCUUUAAUAGACAUUUGAACGAAAUAUACGGUUGACAUUUUAAAACAUUUUCUCGUCGAGAAAUAUUUUAGGGUGUGGGAAUUAAUCAAUUCUGGGUAUUUUAAUUCUUAAUUUUUUUUAUUUUUUUUUAAAGAAUUGACUCUGUUAUCCGUCUGCGUCAUGUGGCAAUAGAGUGUGGUUAUACGAAAAGAAAUAGUGGGGGUAGGUGCGUACUAAAAGUGUGGAAAGACACAUGCCAUGAGCCCCCUUUGAAAGAUUAGGGGGGGGGGGCAUAACCGGCAAGCUCAUAAAAGUGUGUAAAAUCUUAUAUUUUUGUUAUUUACCUUUAGUAAAUAAGGUAAAAUGUUGCACAGUAAAUAGCUUAAUCUGCCAUCCUUGUAUGCUAUUUGGUAAUAUGUGGUGGUUAUACGAAAAGGGGUAGCAGUAGGCAAUCCACAUGAUUUCACCGACAGGGCUGUGUGUUACUUUUAUACACAACUGAGUGACUAUUGUGACGUGCACUGCUGUUGCUAUACACUGAAUUGAAAUUGGUUCUCCAAAUCCAAGUCUUAAUUAUAUAACGAUUUUUCAAGGGGAGCAAUUUCAGUUCUUGUUGUGAGUAUCAUAUGACAUUGGUACACCACAGGGGUAUAGCCUACGUCAGGCCUGCACAACAUACGGUCCGCUAAGCGCAUGUGGCCCACCAGUACCUACUUUGCGGCCCACGAAGUGACGAAAUAUUCUUUAUUCUUGUUAUUUUCUUAACAGCUUUCCACCUGUCCUAUUUUCUUUUGGCCCGCACAAGUUUUUUUGUAAAGUCUUACGGCCCGCCUUACAUUUUGAGUUGUGCAGGCCUGGCCUACGCAAUAUGAAGAUGACCCCUUAGAGAGCUCUAAUACUUUCCCAAUAAAAUAUUUUCUUACUUUGGCCCGUUUGCUUAUGUGUGCUAAAAACAUAAAAAGUGUUAUGGACUCGAGAAUUUACAAAGAUGGUGAAGCUGAUGAGAAAUAUAUCAAUUAAAUAUUUUUAAUGCUAUUUUUUGUAACCAAACUCUUAAAACCCUGGCUAGCACAUCAGAUUGAUUGAUUGGUUGAUUUGAAAUUUAUAUCGCGCUGGUAUCCAUGCCACUUUAGCAUGCUCACUGCACUCUGGUUUUCCGAAAUCUAUUUAAACAAAAAAGUUUUUAAAUGUUUCUUAAAUGAUUUUUUAAAAUAAAUUUUCAAUUCCCCUCAAAGAUUGAGGCAAACUGUUCCAUAAUUUUGGCGCUAUCGCUUCAAAAGUGCGCACUCCGUAAGACUUUUUUCUGUGUUCAUCCAUACUAGGAUGCGAGUCUUCUCAAGUGGGCCUCGCAAUAAAUUGAAUGGUUACCCAGGUUUCCGGGUUUCCCCUGUCAAAAGCCACCCUCAAUAUCGGGGCACUCUGCAAUCAGGUGUUGUACUGUUUCAGUGGCAACUCACAGAGUCGACAAUGAGAAUCCCUACGUGAAUCGAGUCUAUGUAAGGUAGCUUGGUGUCGGGGGAGUGCUCGGUUCGCUUGUCUGCGUGAUGAGGCUUCGUUAGCUUCGUGGCUGUUACCACCAGGGGUCGCUCUCACUCGGUCUCGGUGUGUUGCGGUAGAGCGUUCGAGGCGUGUCACCUGACACCCAGCCCUCGAGCCACUCUUCACGAAAGUGAUCUUCGCGCCCAGACUUUGUCUCCCAGUUGAGUCAUUCGUCGCUCGGGUUGCUGCUGGGCUGCAUCACCAUCUGCUCUCUUAAUUUGCGGCACCUCAAACAUUACAACGGAGCCAUUGGAGAAUGACAACGCUGCCACGUGCAUGGAUGUCGUCUACUGUUUCCAGAAUGGCGUUGACCAUUGUUGACUCCAUCGAGCUCCUCACUCAUAUAUUCAAAUGCAAACUGUGACCAGGUGAAGACCACAUUGGUCAGGAAGCAUUUUUCCUUGUUAGGCGGCGAUGCACUUGUUUCAGGGCAACCCAAAUUUCUCUGGGGCCCUGAAGAAAAAAAAAUAAUAAUAAAAAUUGGGGCCCUAAAAACUCCUCUGUUGGAGGACCCCACCCCCAACCCCCCACACACUUUUGGUACUCUGUGGGUGCACCAGAUACAGCUCAGUUCUCGUUUGUGAAACAUGAGCCGUCAGUAUAGACUUAAACCAAUUGGUCUGUGGGAAGGCUGCUGUUAACUCCAGAGGUUCUUUCUUCUAUCUGAAGGUCUUGCAUUUAUCACCGCUGAAUUGGCAGUGACAUAUUAAAUAUUAAAGCCUUUAUGCGGGCCUCGGUGCAAGGAACAGACGCAUUUUCCCCUCUGUUCUUGGUUUUUCUCCAAAUCGCUGACGGCAUCAAAAGAGUAGUGUCUUCUUAACCUCGUCCACUUUACCCAUCGGCCUUGUCAUUGGAAGCAGGAUUCCGUUCCGUCUAACCUAUGUGGUAUCAUUCCAUCGCGAUUAGUAUUGCUUUUUUUUUCCUUCUUCUCACAUUGAGUGGUUCUAUACGUCUGCCAGUUCACUUAACUUACCCCCUCCCCAAAUUAAUAUAGGCCAGAGGCGUAGCUAGAGUGUUGUUUGGCAGAGGCGUAGCGAGGGUGCUUGGCGCCCGCGGACAAGAUCCAUUUUAAAGCGCCUUCUUUUCUUUUUUUCAACUCUCAAAUCAAUUUUUUUCAUCAAUAAAAUAAUAUCAAAGAAAAUUUUGGCGCCGCUAACCAGCUGGCGCCCGGGGACAGCUGGCACCCGGGGACAGCUGGCGCCCGGGGAUAUCUGCCCCCCCUGCUCCCCCAUCGAUACGCCUCUUGUGUUUGGCGCCCGGGGACAAGAUUCAUUUUUAAGAGCCUCUCUUUCUUUUUUCAACUCUAAAACCCAUUAUUUUUAUCAAUAAAAUAAUAUCAAAGCACAUUUAGGUGCCCCUAACUAGACUGGCACUCAGGGACAUCUGUCCCCCACACCCCCUUAGCUACGCCUCUGAUGUAGGCCUAUCUGUUUUGUCGAAAUAGUGCCGACCGACUGAAUAUCGCCACUGAUUUGUAUCCUUGUAGUUGCAUAUGUGUAUUGUAAAUAUUGUCUCUCCCUUUUACCACCCAACAUUUUAAAAAUAAAUCGCUAUGAAUAAUUAAAUAAGUAAUUAAAAUAUGAUGGUGAUUAUGAAUGAGGGGGGGGGGGGUUAUAAUAGACAAAAAAAUAUUAUCAUUAUCCCCACAUCAAACGAGUGGUCUCUAUAGCAUGCCAUCUAAAAUAACAACUCAUACCACUAUAUCUAUAUGUUUGUCUCUUCCUUUACAGAUGGGCCUCCAAGUUCAGAUUACAAUCGUUGUGGUCCAAUCAACGUGUCUGUUACUGGCGCUUUUUGGCGGAGUCAACACACAAACAAGACUAGGUAAUGAUUAGUUUAAAUCGUACAUGGCUUGUUUAUUUAUUUUAAUGUCACAUAGUAUGUAGGACGGUUUGUCGUACACUUGUAGAAAUUUAUCGUAGCACUCGUUUGAAUGCUUUUUUCUGCAUGGACGAAAUAGGUCUAAAAUGAAGUCUUGCUUGGUGCAGAAUCAAAUCGUGUUUUGUGUGAAGAGGCGUAGCGAAGGGGGGAAAGAUGUCCCCGGGCGCCAACUAGUUAGGGGCGCCAAAAUGUCCUUUGAUAUUAUUUUAUUGAUGAAAAUAAUGGGUUUGAGGGUUGAAAAAUAGAAAGAAAGGCUCUUUAAAACGGCUCUUGUCCCCGGGCGCCAGACACUCUCGCUAACACCUCUGUUUGUGAGACAAUAAUAAUCAUUUUUUUUUUUAAAACAGCACAAUAAAUUUUUGAGUUUUAAAUCGAAGUCGUAAAUUGAAACGAAGUGGUUUUUUUUAAAAAAUAUGUUAAGUGGGUGGCAGGAUUUCAAGGCUCGAGUACUUUCUCCACCACAUGAACGCCGUUUCUGUUAGUAGCAGUAGUGUCAGCAGUCCUGCAGGAUAGUCUCUUGAUGAAUGCGGGCUAUGAGGCAGCCACGGGGGUUGAAGAUUUUCACAGACUGCGCUGCUUAAUUUAUUAGUAUGACCCCCCCCCCCCUCCAAAUAAAAAAAAAGGAAAGAUCCACAGGUUAACUUAAUGUGAUGUUCCUGCAGGCCUGUGCCGAUGAAAAUCUUUGACAGGGGCGAAGUCUGAAAAUGACAACCCGCUAUAUAGAGCAGCAGUUCUGAAACUGUGGUCUUACGACCCUUACACAUGGGUCACCUAAGAGCUAAGACCAUCGGAAACCACAUUUAUGAAGUAGAAACGAAAAUAGUUUUAUGGUUGGGGGUCACCACAACAUGAGGAACUGCAUUAAAGGGUCGCGGCAUUAGGAAGGCUGAGAACCACUGAUAUAGAGGAAGGAAAAGUGCAAUCCGGGCUGGACAAGUAAAUAUACAAUUUUCACGCACUGUGUCUUUGUAAAGUUCAUGGUAUUUUAUCAUUUGCUUCACUAUUUAAGCCCCAUCUCAAAACGAUUUUGGCGCCCCGUCCCUGAUGUUGGUGCCCGGGGCGCGUACCCCCGUUACAACCUCCUUAGCGAAACCCUUUUUAAAACUAUUCUAUUAUUCGUUUAACUGAUACAAUCAUGUGUAAACAGACACUUUACGUGCUAAUAAAUAAAUAAUGAUCUACUGUAGGCCGACGAUAAUUUCUGUGAGUUGGGUGAUCUUAGGUGAGUUCUACCAAUUCUUUCACAGGACUUGACCCAAUUUCUAAAUUAUUUUGAAGAAUAAAAAGCGCAAGCAAUGAGUUUAUCUUUGAGUCAAUCUAUACUUUUAGUCUGGGCGAGUCUUUAUUUUAGUCUGUGUGGGUCUUUAUUUUUAGUCUGUGUGGGUCUUUAUUUUAGUCUAUGUGGGUCUUUAUUUUUAGUCUGUGUGGGUCUUUACUUUUAUUCUUUGUGUGAGACUUUACUUUUAGUCUGUGUGAGUCUUUACUCUUAGUUUUUGUGGGUAUUUACUUUUAGUUUGAGUGGGUCGUUAUUUUAGUUUUUGUGAGUCUUUAAUUUUAGUCUGUGUAAGUCUUUGCUUUUAGUCUGUGUGGGUCUUUAUUUUUAGUCUGUGUGGAUCUUUACUUUUAUUCUUGUGUGAGACUUUACUUUUAGUAUGUGUGGAUCUUUACUUUUAGUUUGUGUGGGUAUUUACUUUUAGUUUGUGUGGGUAUUUACUUUUAGUUUGUGUGGUCGUUAUUUUAGCCUUUGUGAGUCUUUAAUUUUAGUUUGUGUGAGUCUUUACUUUUUAGACUGUGUGGGUCUUUACUUGUAGUCUGUGUGGGUCUUUACUUUUAGCCUGUGUGUUUACUUUUAUUAUUAUUAUUAAGGUUGAUUUAUAUACCGCAGUACCUCAGCCUAGGGCUGCACUCACUGCGCUUCACAUAAAAAUUAGCAAUUACAAAAAAUUAUAAAUUUUAAAAAAAACUGAUAAAAGCUUGACCUCACCCACCCAAGUACUAUCUACCCCUGUCUAGACAUGGACCUCACCCACCCAAGUACUAUCUACCCCUGUCUAGACAUGGACCUCACCCACCCAAGUACUAUCUACCCCUGUCUAGACAUGGACCUCACCCACCCAAGUACUAUCUACCCCUGUCUAGACAUGGACCUCACCCACCCAAAUACUAUCUACCCCUGAACAGCGCCCAGCAGCAUGGAGAGUUGUUUAUCAGUUAAGGGGGUGAGCAUGAUUCGAUAUAGUUGAUUUUGAAGAGAUGGGUCUUGGGGGCAGUUUUGAAGGCUGGUAUGGUCGGUAUUUUGCGGUUGUGUAAUGGGAGAGAAUUCCAUUUUUAGGGGGGGGGGCACAGAAAGAGAAAGAUCGUCACCAAAUGUUUUAGUGCGUGUUCUGGGAGCAGAAAGAAUACGCGUGUCUGUGGAGAAGCAAAGCUUUCGAAGGGGUGACAGACAGAAAGAAGUUCAGUAAGACUUGAAGGGCAGGAACCAGAGAAAAAGUUAUGACACAUAACAGACAGCUUGUAGUCAAUGCGUGCCUGUAAAGGGAGCCAGUGGAGUGAGUGAAGUGGUGGAGUGGCGAGACCACGUUUCUUUGACUCUAGAAAUAACCUAGCAGCUGAUUAAAAUUUUAAAAAAUUUCUGCAGUUUUUAAAUGAAAUAUUUUGAUGAAAAACCAGACAGAAGAACUUUUAGUUGGCUUGAAUCAUUACUUUUAGUCCAUGCGAUUAGUUACUUUUUGUAUGUUUGAGCUUACGUUUACUCUGUGUGAUUCUUUACUUUGAGUCUGUGUUAGUCUUUACUUUUAGUCUGUGUUAGUCUUUACUUUCAGUCUGUGCGAGUCUUUACGUUUAGUCUGUGUUAGUCUUUACUUUCAGUCUGUGCGAGUCUUUACGUUUAGUCUGUGUUAGUCUUUACUUUUAGUAUGUGUACACAAAUAUGACCUAAUAAUAUACCCAGAUGCCUAAUUCAGAGUUUAUUUGAUAAGUAUGAAAUCUCUAUAUAUUUUAUAUCAAUGUCAAUUAUCGGAUACUCUUAUGUAUUAUUUAUAUGUUCAUAUAUGAACGCAACAGAUGCAAAGUUCAAUCUAUACGUUUACCCGCCAUGGCGUAACUGUGAAAACUGUGCAACAUUUUUUAAUAAUAUAUUCUGAGCAAUCUCCGUCUUCUUCUAUUAGCCUUUUCAUCUCCCAGUGGAGCAUAUGCCAUUAGCAAUUUCUUUCCACGCCUUCCGAUCUCUAGCCAUGGGCAGCCGUUCGUUCACCUUACAAAUACGCUACAGUAAAUUAAAACUACAGUAAAACAUUACUAAAAAAAUUUUGCCCCCCCCCCUAGAAAGUUUUCUGCGGGCGCCCAUGUCUCUAGCUAUCCUCUCUAACUCUAGAUUCUUUGAUACUUCUUUGACGACAUCUCUUCUCAAGAUGAUUUUGGGUCUUGUGUGUCCUUGUGCUAGUAUGAGUUGUGUCAUGGUAUAAAAUUAUCAAUUUCCCCCUUCUUUUCUGGAUUUUUCUUACUCCACUGGGAUCUGUGCUGUAAUUUCCUUUACAGCUGAGUUUGGGAAUUUGUGUAACCACUAAUUGAUGUUGAGGAUUUUACGCAGGCAAAUAUGCACUAAGAUGGCAGCCUUUUCCAACCGUCCUAUGUUGAUCUCGAGCUUUCUGAGCCAUACAGCAAAACAUUUAAAAUUAUAAUAUUUGUCUUUUUUCUUAUUUAUUGUCUGGCGUUCCAAAUAUCUUUAGUAAAUAAAAAGGACCUCUUCCUUCUCUAUUCUUCUUGCCCUGAUAUCUGCCUCCGACCCCCUCCCCCCAUCUUUACUAACUGCACAUUAGAGAUAGAUCAAAUUAUCUACUAAGCACAAUGCAGGUCAUUCAACCUUCCACUUUUCACACCGGCAUGAUUAAUGCUGUUGUGCUUGGUGUGCCAUUUGCGCUAUUGAAUAAUAGUUCUUGUUUAAAAAAAAAACAUUUGAAAAAAAAAUAGUAAUGAUCUGUUAAAAUUCACCAAAGUUCAAUUUUUGUCUUACUCACCUGCAGCUAAUCCAGUGAUCGCAUCUACGCCUCUGGUCCCGGAGCUCGGACAGAACUUAACACUUCAUUGCAAUGCACCUGCUGGCGUCAACGUGUCCAGGUUCUCUUGGCUUAAGAACUUUGCAGUGCUUGUCGGAAAUGAAGGGCCCUCCAUUUCUCUUAACCCCCUCACAAAAAGUGACGACGGAGUUUAUGUUUGUCUUUACUUCAAUGAAAAUAAUUCACAGAGCCCAGAGAGUAACCAGUAUGAUCUUUUAGGUAAGCUAGCACAUAAGUGUACUUGCGCGAUGAAAAAUACCACUUUUCAUUUUUAUAUAAAUAUUUCUGGUGCUUUUUUAAAAAGCCUAUGCCGGUAACUAUUUUUAAAAAAAAAACGGAACUUAAUUAUGAAUAUUAAAUGCAUUAUCAAUGGUAUGUUGUGCAUUAAACAUACCGGUACAUUAAGAACAAUUUAUUUAUGACGUUGCCAAUAACCUUAAAGAUUGCUAUUGAAUGUCAUUUUACAUUUUACAGUGAGUCCACCUGACCCACCUGUUCUUGAAGCAAACCCACCCGGACCGUUGUUUCAAACCUCUGGUUAUGUAUAUCUGACCUGUAAGACUUCAGGCAACAAUGUUCAGACAUAUUUCUUCAGGAAUGGUGUUCUCAUCACCACACAGACAUGGUCGACAUAUUAUAUGUAGGCAGGAUUUUUGGAUUACGUAAUUUGUAUUUGAAUACAUGUCAUUACACAUUCAGUCGUGCGUAUUUUAAAACAAUAUCGUGUAUAGCUGUAUAAUUAUGUGUGAGAAAUUGUGGAGAAGGUGUGUUUUUGUUGUUGUUUUUUUUAGAUUUUUUUAAAAACCUCAAGCAUUUUCUUUAGACUGUAAAAUUAUUUUGUAAAUACAACAGGUUUGUUCGUUUGACGUAACCAAUAGCUUCUCUUAUCUUUACCCAACUUUAAAGAGUUUCUAAUGGGUGAUGUCCGCAACCCCACUUCCCUUUUUUUUUCUUUUUUUUUCUUUUUUUUUUUCUUUUUUAAUGCAUAGACUCGUAAUAAACGAACACAUUAUGCCACAUGUCAUAAAAAAUAAAAUCCUUUUGUAACUAUGGUAUAAAAGAGGAAAUGUUAUUAUUAUUUUUUAAAAAUAAAACUUAAUUUUUCUCUACCCUAUUUUCUUUUUUUUUUCUUUUUUUUUCUUUUUUUUUUUCUUUUUUAAUGCAUAGACUCGUAAUAAACGAACACAUUAUGCCACAUGUCAUAAAAAAUAGAAUCCUUUUGUAACUAUGGUAUAAAAGAGGAAAUGUUAUUAUUAUUUUUUAAAAAUAAAACUUAAUUUAAAUCAUCUAUGGUGUUGUGUAGUGUAGAGAAAUCCAAAUGAGUUUCUUUAUAAAAAAAUCAAAAUAAUGAAAUCGUACUGCAUUAAUUCUUAUCAUACUUAAUUUGAUUCCGAGUACAGAUAUCCUAACAGCAGAUCAUUGUCCGGUAAUUACACUUGCUCUGCAAGGAAUUCAAAAGGACAGUCGGAACCAAGCAACAUAGUGAAAAUUAUAUUUGUUGGUAAGUUCAUUUAUUAA